GGUCGGGGGGCGGGGCGCUGAGUGAGGCGGCUCCCGGCGGCGGCCGCCAUGUCGGGCAGCGAGGGGCUGCUGUCGGUGGACUACGAGGUGUCCGGCAGGGUGCAGGGCGUCUUCUUCCGAAAGUACACCCAGGGCGAGGCCAAGAGGCUCGGGCUCGUCGGCUGGGUCCAGAACACGAGCCAUGGCACCGUGCAGGGGCAGGUGCAGGGCCCGGCCGACCGCGUGCGGGAGCUGCAGGAGUGGCUGCGGAAGACGGGGAGCCCCCAGUCCCGCAUCAGCCACGCCGAGUUCAGCAACGAGAAGCAGAUCGCGGCCCUGGAGCACGCGGAUUUCAGGAUCGUGAAGUAACUUUGCCCGGAAAGCGGCGACGCCUGGAGCACGAGCCGCCCGCGCAGAACGUGCCCUCCUCCCUGCUCGUCCAGUCAGCUGAUGUUCAACUCUAGAGAACUUUAUUUUGUUACAUGUCUAAUUUAUUGGUUUGUUGUACUGUUAGCGUGACUAAACCACUCACAGAAUGUUGGCGGGCAAAGAGCUGUUGUAUCUCUAUGGAAGGGGCUGCGUAGCAGUGUGGCCUGUUACUCUGAAUGCGUGUGCAGAGUGAGUUUUGAGUUGUUGUAAGUGUAUGAAAUGCAGAAUUUGUGUAACGUUGUGCUCACGUGAAGGAAGUCACGGAGCCAAUGCCAGUUUGAUUGCUAAAAGCGCUACUUUUGUGACCGAAACGUCUCAGAAACAACUUAUUUUGUGCGUUAUCUGCCAAGAAGUUUAUUUUCUAUUUCGAAUAAAAUUGCUUGCAGCUUGCUUGUA